GCAAAGGAAGAGAAGAAGGAAAAGAAUUUCCAUUAUGCUAAGUGGUUUUGGAUUAUUCUCUGGUCAUCAGCACGAUUUUGAGAUGAUAAACUCAAUCUCAUAAAUCGUCAAUAACUCAACCUCAAAAAUCUGUCUGAUUCAUCUCUCUGAUCAAAUGUAUUCAAACAGGGAAUCAUCAAAGGCGAUCUAGGAGAAUGAAGCAAGAGUACUUGCGGAGUGCUAUUGUUGGAGAUGGAAUGGGGACUAUGGUGGCAAGUGACGUAUACGAAGGAACCCGAGAGGCGAAAGUGGAAGAUCUUACUGGAAUUAGAAAAACAAUCAAACCUCUGGAAGAAUCAGGGGCUUUAGUUCGCAGAAUUAAUGAAGAGGUUCGCAGAUUAUCGCUUGUGCAGCUUUGUUCCCUUUCUUUAAAGAAAAGUGUGGAGAUAUUGCAGCUAUUGCGGUUUCAUCAGAUUGAUGUGGACAAGGACAGGGAGAUAAAUUGCUCGAUAACAUUUUUGACAAAAAAAGCGUCAGCUCUUGGACUUGAGAUGCUUUUUCUGCUAACAACGAGAACAGCUGACUGGUUUGUGAGACGCGGGUUUCAGAAAUGUUCAAUCUCGAUGAUACCAGAGGCAAGACAAGAAAGAAUCAAUAUUUCGAGGAGAUCGAAGUAUUACAUGAAGAAGUUAUUGCCAGACAGGAGUGGGAUCUCUGUUGUUCGUACAUUUCAGUUUGGCUCAUGAGAAUGUCGAGAAGAAUGUAAUUGACAUAGAAUUUUUUUGCUCAAUGUAUAAGAUUAUGUCGAGUUUUGAAUGAAUCAACAUUAUUUCCAACG